UUCAGCCUCGGCUUCUCGCCUCGUCCUUCCGGUGCCCCCCCGUCGCCCCACUCCCUCCCGACGCUAGCACCGUCGGGCUUGGCUGUGGGAGCGUAAUGGCGGUGCACCGGGGACCCUCUACGAAAUGGCUCUUCACCCGGGAGCAGCUCGAAAACACGCCGUCUCGACGCGGCGGAAUAGAGGCGGACCGGGAGCUUUCUUACCGGCAGCAGGCCGCCAACUUGAUCCAAGACAUCGGCCAGAGACUCAACGUUUCGCAACUGAUUAUCAACACUGCGAUAGUCUACAUGCACAGAUUUUAUAUGAUCCACUCCUUCGGCAAAUUCCAUAGAAACGUCAUUUCUCAGACUACGUUGUUCCUGGCAGCAAAAGUUGAGGAGCAGCCCAGAAAGCUGGAGCAUGUCAUUAAAAUAGCCCACGCCUGCAUUAACCCACAAGAGCCAGCCGUAGACACGAAGAGCAACGCAUUCCAGCAGCAGACACAAGAGCUUGUAGCCCUGGAAACGAUAGUGCUGCAAACGCUGGGUUUUGAAAUAACAAUCGAUCAUCCACACACAGAUGUGGUGAGGUGUUCCCAGCUAGUGCGAGCAAGCAAGGAUUUGGCACAGACUUCUUAUUUCAUGGCUACCAACAGUUUGCACCUCACCACCUUCUGCCUGCAGUACAGGCCCACGGUGGUUGCGUGCGUCUGCAUCCACCUGGCCUGCAAGUGGUCCAACUGGGAAAUCCCCGUCUCCACGGACAGCAAGCACUGGUGGGAGUACGUGGACCGCACAGUGACGCUGCAGCUGCUGGACGAGCUCACUCACGAGUUUCUUCAGAUCCUGGAAAAGACGCCCAGCAAACUAAAGAGGAUACGAAACUGGAGGGCCAUUCAAGCAGCCAAGAAGCCAAAGACGGAAGGCCCGGCGGUGGACGGUACCUUCCAGGGGUCCUUGGACGGCUUUUCCGGUGUCGCCAGUUCCUUCUUCGCCUCCACCUCAUCCGACUCCUCGGACAUGCCCUCCCUCAACGGCAUGGCAGCCUCCUACGGCUCCUACCAGCCGCUGAGCGAUCACUUCUCCGAGCCGCCGGAGUUCACGCUGGUGAAACACGAACCCAAAGCCGCGGGCGGCAGCAAACACCAGCCGCUCGCUGUGAACGCUGCCGCUUUCCCGCGGCUGCAGAAAGUCUUGACUCUGGAGACGUACAGGGCGAAACACGCGGCGGCGGGGGACCCGGCCUCUCAGAAUGGCGUGAAGGACGAGCCGGGUUCGGACAUGUACGGGGCCCCUCCGGCCGUCUCCUCGCACCACCACAAGAAGCGCUCCCAGGCGCAGCAGGGGGGCGACGGCCGGAGGGACAAAGGCGGCUCCAGAAAGGGCCGGCUGGCGCCGUCUUUUUCUGAGAACGGCUCGGCCACGGGCGAGGAACUCAAGAUGAGGAUAAAAGUGUCGUCUGAGCAGACCGGGGCGCCGCCCGGCAAAGACAAGCACAAGGAGCACCGCCACUCGAAACACGGCCACUCACACUCGCACAGCGGGAGCAGCCGGGGGUCGAUGGAGGCCGCCUCUUUGUCCGCGAGGGCCCCCGACGUUGGCUCGUCUGGCUCAUCUCGCAAGAGGCCUCACUCCGACCACCACCACCACAACAACCACCACCACCACCACCACUCCCACCAUCACCACUCGUCCAAGAGCAGCAGGAGCAAAGGGGGCCUCGGCUCGUCCCACUACUCGACGGAGGGCGGCGCCAGGAUGGCGGAGCACCACGACGGGAGCAACGGCGUGCUGCCUGCCAACGGACAGCACACCGACUACAAAGACACUUUCGACAUGCUCGACUCUUUACUAAGUGCCCAAGGAAUGAACUUGUAACCUCAGAGUCCGCAGCGUUGGCUAGAAUUAAGGUAUUAUCAUGUUAAGAAUUUUAAAAGAUUUUAUUUGUCUUAAGUUAUCGCAAUCGUGCGUCGCCCCGUCAGUCGUCCACACACCGACUGUCUAAGUGUAAAAUAAAAAAGUGUAAAAAGAUAUGCAUAGAGCCGUGUGCUACUAGCUCGCAACAAGAAGACGGCAGCUGGAAUAAUGAUUCUUUUAGCUGAAAUGAUUUUAAUGUGCAUGUUUGAAGUCGAAGUGAAGGUGGAGCUAGUGUGACCGUUUACAGUCUUUUUUUUUUUUUUUGGUAUGUUAAGACAUUUUGUUCCACUGAAAAUCUCAGGUCUUAAACUUUUUUGAUAAAAGAACGAAUCUUCCUCUGUUUGGGUUUUAUUACCUGUAUCCAUGGAGAUGCAUCACCUCGACAGAACUGACGUUGGUCUUAGGAAACACGAUCUGCUUACCUUUAAAAGAGGGUGUCACUAGUUGAAAAAACAUAACAAAUGUGAGGCCGACCUCAUUUGCUGUCUGUUUGCUGUGGGCUUCCGAAGUGCAGACACUUUACAUCUGCUGUGAAAGUGCAUUUAAGAUACAUCGGCUAAAAGCCUUGUGAUGAUACCUCGUCAAUCGCUAUACAGUAUGAUACAUGUUAUUAACUAUCAGAAAAUGCAGAUCUCUGAAAUAAGAAUGUGUAUAUAGGACCGCAGGUGAGGUUCCAACCUGUUGGUCCAGACCUUCCUCCGUUCAGUGUAUCUUGAGAUCUAAAGCAGACUAUGUAUUGAUGAACGUGACACAAUGUGUAUUAGGAGCUCAAAUAAAGGUUAUCAGUGAUUUUCUGCUCGUAAA